UUUUCUCACUUGAGACGCCUUUUACAAAUUUCAUAUGACAUUUCUAUUUUAAUUGGGGAAAAAAUAUUUUGAACUGAAACAGUAAUUGCGAGAAUGCUCAGCCUGAGGAAUGGAAUCUUCGCGGGCAAUCUUCUCGGCAGCGGCUUUUGCCUUCAGCGAUUUGCGCCCUGUGCCUGUCGCUCUUCGCGAAAGCUUCCGGCGGGAAACUCCCCGAAGAACCCAUACAAGCAGCUGAGAAAUGACUCGGUGGAGGAGAAACGCCUGUCGGUCCUGAUGGAGCUGGGGUGUCGAUGUCCGCAGAAGUCGCACAAGGAGCGUUGGUUCCUCACCAACCAGCGCAUUAUUUUGGCCCUGGCCACGACUCUGAAUCGUCCGCCGGACUUGGUGUCUGACUUUUUGCACACACUGACCCUGCAGAACUUUUCAGAGAUCCUUCAUCCCGUCGAGACCGAGACCUUAGGCCCCUCUUGUAGAGUUCCCUUUGUGAACUGCGGAGCCUGUGAGAACUUUAUGAGAAUUUUCGAUACUCAUGGGAAUGUAAGGAGCCGCCUUAGCCAGGACUCACUGCAGCUACUAAUGGAGGCCGUGCAAACUGUUUUGCAGCAAUCUCCACCCACUGAGCUCCGUGCAUUUGACGCAGGCUUUACGGGCCAACGAGGGACAAUUAAAAGGCAUUCUAUAGCGCGUAGAGCUGGUAUCGAUCGCGACUCAAUCGCUCGUCAAAACGGGAGGAGGCGAUUAAGAAACUCGGAAGCCAGGGCCUCAGAAAACAGAAGCCAUCUCAACACUGGCCUGGAGCAACGCACAGCCGGAGAUCCUGGAUAUGUUUUUGGAUCCAGCCUUGAGUCCGCGGGCUUAAAUGUCAUGCACACGCCCGAAAAAUGGGCCUUUACGGAUUCUUUAGCUUUAGAGCGGACCAGGCGGCUCUCCAAAUUGCUCAUUCAGGUUAAUGAGAAGACUUAUCUGACGCGCGAUACUGAGAAACUUAUAACUGCCAUCAAAGAGCUCAAAUUGGACAGUAAUGUCACUAAUCCAAAAAAACAGGCCCCACGGCAUAGCAUCAUGGCCAAUGUAACUUCCGAUUCGUACUAUGAAAGAGUCAAGGCCUCUGCUUCGAAAGCCGUGCUCAAGAGCCACUCGGCCCGCGGCUCGAAGAAAAGGAAGAAGGCCAGCGACGUUGAGCCAGUUCCUAAGCGGACCACGAACCGAGUGUAUUAUGGCGAUCCGCUCCCGGUGCUCCUGCACGAACCGUUUAAUCGUGAAAAGCCGUGGACCUGGUUGCGCCGACAUCCCCAGCAGAUGCGCAUGGAUGAAAAGGGUCAGGUGACACAGGGAACUAUCCGUCGCUACCGGCGCCAAACCGUAGAGCAAAUGAUGCAGAAUGCCAAGGAGCGAUCAUCGGUGAUCACUGUGAUCUCAACAGGUGACGAAAACGAUUCCGUGAAUGCGCAGCCCAUGUUUGGCCAGGAAACGUCCGGGAGCUAAAGCGAUGGCUCUCCCGACCGUGAAUUUUUAAAAUUUCUUGCUAACGAAAAUACUCGAAAUUCGCAUGGAAAUAUUCAGUGUGCAUGUCAGUGAUCCAUAA